AUUAUUUGUAUCUUCAGAUUGUUUUGGAAGAAGUUGUGACGGUAAACACAUAGUGACUCAACAAGAUAACUAAAAAAAACAAGGUUUUCUUCAAGGCGAAAUAUAGAGAUGAAUAAAGAUGGACAGUUGACCGGUCAUGUGGCUGAGGAGUAUGUGAAGGACGAUACAGAAAUUUGUUUUCCUAAAAACAGCUUUGGAAAUCGUAAUAAAGGUGAUUAUGAAACUCAGGAGUCAGAAGGUGGAGAAGCUGAUCUACACAAAUAUCUUGUUGGCUGUAAGAAGAAUCCAGGUCAUAAACAGUUUAUACCUGUUGAUGAAUUCACAUUGAAACAUUUACCAGAAGGUCAUCAUGACAAAGAUUUGUACGACUUUAUAAAAGUAACAGCUGAACUGACAGUUAGAGUAGAUGUUAAAAUGUCCAGUCCACAUAGACCAGAGUUUUGGCCACAGACAACUCAACCAUAUCCAUUCUAUAACAUGAGUGGCAAAAGAAACUUGAGAACAGGAAGUGGAAGUAUGUGGCGUGUAAAUAAAUUUCAAGAUGGAGACUGUACAGAUAAAGAUUAUGAAUUUACUGACUACUCAGAGUGUUGGUGUAGAAAAUGUCAAGAUUCAGACUCACCCAGCAAUGUGUGGUGGGAGUUUGAUGUUUACACAGCCGCACAUGUGGUUUUUGACGACAUUGAGGCCAGCUACACUAUCUUGAGAUUGUUUUAUGACAAAUAUGAUAGUCCAUUGGUCAGUGUUGACAAGGUCAGUGUUGUAGAUGUAAGCAUUCACUAUGACGUGAGUCAGUUGAAAUGUGUGACAUGUGACAAAUCUAUAGGAAAUAAACUGAUGAGUAUUGUCAAACAUUAUAGAAAUGUCUGGCACAAAAUAGAGAACAAAUACAUUACUGCUGAUUCAAAACAUAAGAUAAACUUUAUAGUGUCACAUCCUCAUGGAUGUUCUAAACAAGUAAGUGUAGGUCGAUGGAAGGAGAAACACUAUGUUGGCGUGAAAUCAAAAUUUACUUAUACAACAUCUACAUGUCCAGGAAGUAGUGGAGCACAUGUUCAGUGUGUGGGUUAUAAUUACUGUUAUUCUGAUCUUGUCCACAGUGGAAGUUUACAAUCUGGAUUAAAUUUUAGUGGAGCUAGUAGUGUUUUGUAAGUUUUUGUCCUUCUGAUUUUCAUUUGAAGUUUAAUGUUAUUAUUAAAGAUUAGAGAGAUGAUUUUUUACAGCGAUUGGACCCCACAAUGAACUGCUAACUGCUAUAAAAAAAACGUAACCAUAAACGAAUUUAAAGAUAUUCUAUCUAAGAGAAGAAUGGAGAAAGACGGUCAACAAAUCUUGUGUGGUGCCCCAACGGCCCUAAGUUAUAAGUGAGCUAAAGGUUUUUAUCAAAUGUUCACAUUUUUAUUCUUUUAUAAUACUUACAUUCCUUUAAAUUUAUACUGAAUUUUUUUUAUAUUGUUUUAAAUACUUUUAUAAAUUAUGGUAUGUUAAAAUAUAAAUAUAUAUAUAAUAAGCAUUUUUAGUUUAGAACUUUUAAUUUUUUAUAAAGUCAAUAACCUUUGUAUGUUAAUGAAUUUUAAUUCCUUUUUUUACAUUUUCAUUGCAUUUCUAAAUUUUCCUUUUUUUAACGGCCCCCGUAAGAGGAAAAAGCCGCUAUUAGGUUUGUGCAAAAUGUCUGUCUGUCCGUCUGUCGUCUUUCGUCUGUCAUAAUCAGAACUAGAAAACUAGAAGAGAUAUGAAAAAUAUUAUUUCAUCAUUAAUUGCGGCUUGAAAAGUUUAGGUGUAACGGCUACUUUUGGUUUUCUAAAAGCAAACCGUUUAAUUUAUAAAAUUAAUUAUGCACGCGAUUUUUUUCAUAAAAAUACACCAAUUCUAAAACAAUUACGUAAAUGUAAAGAAUGCAAUGUUACAAUAUGUUAACAAAGAUUGACCAUUGUUGUGUAUUUUCAGUAUCACAUGACUAAAUAUAUUUCUAAAAUGUACAGGAAAUGUUUACAACAAAUAUAAAUAAUAGUUAAAGGUGUUUUUUCUGGACAACUAGCUGCUAAAAUUAAAAGAAAACCUUUCUGUUUGUUUAUUAAGGCUAAUAAUGCACUUUGUAUGUCAAUAUCACGCACAUUUUUUAAAAUGGACUUUUUAUGCAGCGACUUUCGUGCAGUAGCGUAACGUCGCAACAUGUUAUGGUGUUGAACCAAUUCCUUAAACUUUUAAAAAAAAUCGAUUUUUUUUGUUUAGUGCCCCCAUCCGAAUAAAAGAAGCGUAUUUUUUUGUGCGUUUUGUCUGUUGGUCGGUCUGUAUGUCACGAUUAGAUUAACAAAUGAAACUAAAGGCUAUUGUAAAUCUGAUUUAACCUUUAAUUUUUCAUUCAGGAAUAUUGCAAUAGUUUUAAGCAUCUAUAAAAAAUUGUUUCGGAUGUUUUGUGAAAAACAAAUCAAUGCCAACGAAUAUUUGUUUGCUCUUCUAACUUAUAUUAGAUUUUAUUUCCAUGCUUAAGCGUUGCAAUAAACACACGAUCUUUAAUACAUUGUUCCGUUUUUUUUAAUGUAAAUAGCAUAUUUGGGCAGUUGUUUGAGACAAACAUCUAUAAAAAAGCUAACAAGAUCCUUGAAAUAAAGAAUCACCUUUUGUGUCAGGAUUUUGUGAUUUUACCAUCACAAAAGAGAUACAAGACACCGAUAGCAAAGACAAACAGACACAAACACUCUUUUGUUCCCCUGGCAAUCAAAUCAUUAAAUAAGAACAAUCUGGUACAAACUUUGUCACAUGUAAAUUAUGAGUGAGUCUGGUGUGAAUGUACACUUUGGUUUCUUAUAGUUAUAAUGUUUUUUGUUUGGUAAUGCACAAAUUGUAAGACAAAUUUCAUUACGGAUAAUAAAGAUUAUUAUUAUUAUUAUUAUAAAUGCCAAAUAAAAAUAUCUAUUCUAAUUUAUAUUUCAUUAUAUAUUGGAUAUUGUUUAUAAAAAUAAAUUAUGUCAAAUGAUUGUUUGAAAUUGCAUAAUUGACUAAUAUUACACUUAUAUUCUUUGACACUACGUCGCUAUAGUUUAUUAGUCAAUAUCAAUUGUUCCGAAUUUUAACUGCAUAUAGUCAGUUGACUAGGCAGACAAUGCCAAAUAAAUAGGCAGACACCUUAGGGAGGCACCGGACUAAUACAUGCAUCUUAUUGAUGCCCACGACUGAGGUGCAUUUGUCAGAUUGGUAAAAUUGCUUUAGAGCACAAUGGGGAGAUGAUGACAAACAAUCUAUUGUCGACUGAGUCUGAUUAGAGAGGUUUCUUUAGGGACAAACGGGUAAGUGUAAAAACCUUUACUUUACCUUUUAUUUUAUAGAAAUGUGUCAGUACACAACCACGUUCUACUUGAUUGCAUUAUAACAUCGAAAACGCCCACCUGCGGACAAUAGUUAUGCUUGCCCUGGAUCAAUCAUUUUGCAUGCUUUAUAAUUCGAAUCCUUGUGAGCUUUUUGGUACCUUAGAUGAAUAUAUCUUCAAAAAAUGAUAUGAAACCUUUAUCAUCGUAACUUGAUACCAAUCAUUUUAAUUUGUAUUUAUCCUUUACUUUAAUGUACAAUUCUCAUUCCUGAUUUUACUAUAACUAAUUGUAUAUUGACGUAAUCAUAUUCAAUGUACGAAUUUUGACAAGUAUCAUCCUAGAUUGUAUUGUAGUUUAUUCCCUCAUCAUUGACUUAUGUGUGCUUUACACUUUCAUGCCUAAUUGUUUUAAAUACCUUAUUGGGAUUGAUACCCUUGCCUGCAUCUGAAAGAUUGCAAGGUAUGUGAGAAUCUCUACUCAAUGGGUUCACGAGGUUCUAAAUCGUCGAUUCUAUCCCCAGCUAGGUUGGGAUAACAAUACAAAUGCAGACUGCAGCACAACGUCUCUACCACAAGACUGGUAGCAGCCUAAGUCCCAUAUGCCAGAUUGCCUGCAACAUAAAAGACAUGUCGAGCCGACGUCUUAAGUCAGAGCUGGAUCAUAUAUAAUCAUCCUUGUGAGUGAAAGUGCUGCAACCACCAGAAGAAGAUACAACGUGCUAGCAGAUAAGAAACUAAUUAGACAAGACAUUAGGAACGUUCUAUCCUUCCGUCAUAAUGCAAUCCAUAAUGAAAGUUGGCUUUAUCCAUUUACACAUUUAAUUGAUUCAAAUCGUUGUUUUCCCCCAAAUAUUGAUGUAAACUGUAUAUAAUAAAUCAUUUUACUUUACAAAGUUAAUCUACUAAUCUUUUCUGUCAGUAGAUGUGUGCUUGUUGAAAUAUUAUUUUUAUAUUUGAGUGUGAAAAUAAAUUUAACAUACCCUAAACUUUUUUAAACCUACCAACAAUAACAAAUUAAAAAUCUCCUCAAAUGAUAAAUAAAACUUUUUUUAAAAAUUCAACAUCUAAUGUGUUAUUUUAAAUACAUUUUAUGUCAUUGCAUUCCUGUUGUGAACUCCUUACUUGGAUUAUACCUGACACAUAACAGACUUCUUUCAAUAACUCAAAGAGACGCUAGAGGUAAAUUAAGAACGAAAUAUAACUUUAAUAAACGUAAUCAGAAUAACUGUAGUUGUAGACAACGCAUCAAAUGUUAACUACUAAAUAUAUACAUAAUUAUGACAACUGACUUCUAUAGUACUUAUUCUAUACGACUAGGGUCCCAAAACUCAGGCUUCAGACAACAAUAACAAAAAAAAAAGGGCUCUGUCACUAUGUCCCAACCAAUGGACCAAUGAAAUAAUAAUAAAUAAACAUAAAUAAACAUAGAAUUCUUUAAAUCUUACACCCAAGAUUCUCUCAAGUGUUGUUUACAAUAUUAUAUACAAACAUAGUCACCACAAUUUCUUUAACCUAUAAAUAUUUUUUUUAAUGUUAUCACUCAGUCGUAAAAUCUCGAAAUGCAAUUAGGCCAAAACUAUAGUUGUUGUUUUUUAACCAAAAGUUCUUUGAAUUGAGUGGAAGCAGUCAGUAUAAUUAGUGAUGAUUUGGAUGUAGAUCUUUUCCUAUACCUUAUCUAGUAAUAAAUAUAAUUUUGUAUAUUAUUGUUAAAGCCAUAUUUGCAUAACUAUUAAAAGCUAAAAUAUUUGCACCAUUCUUGAGGAAACUUGAAGAAUAUGACUCCUUUCCAAAAACACAGUCUGCAGCGAGCAGUUUAUCGCGAAGUUUGUCACCAAAAAAAAAGAUAAAAAUUCAAUGUGUAUAAUAAAAUGUACAAAACUACCCUGUCAAAUUUGUGUAUAUCCCGACUUUGUAUCUAAAAGCUAUUUUUAGAAUUGUGGGAAUUAUCUUUCAUUUCUAUUCCCUUUUCACGUUAAUUAAUAUUAU